GACCGAACUGUUUGGUGCGUUACGAUCCGACCCGGUGGCAUCCCUCGUUCUCCACUCGGUCGGCCCGCCGCUCCGCCCUAAAGCCAGCGAAAAACCCUGAGCUCUACGAGCUGGCUCCCCAAAUCACUCCCUCUCCAUGAAAACCCCGCCUUCUCUAGUUUUUUCCCUGUUCCCUUUCUCCACCUCCCUUCCCCUGUCCUUCUUCUUCUCUCCCUUUCCCUUCCUCUUCUCCUACUCCUCUUCCUUCGCCGCGAGAUGUUCGUCUGCGCCGCCUAUCCCUCUCCACCAUCUUCUUUCUUUUCCUCCCCUCUCCUCCUCCGAUCUCGCGGCCUAUCUACAUUCCCCACGGCGUUGGACUGGAAGAUGAAGGAGAUUAGGAGGCAAUUGGUGAAGAAUGGAAACCAGGGAGGUGGGCGAGGGAGGGGCGUGUGCCGGGCUGAGCUUUCCUACGACGCCCCUUUUGCAGCUGCGAUUGGCGCCUGCGUCCUCAAUUCGCUCGUCUUCCCGAUCCCGUCUGGCGGCGCCGACGAUGAGGAUGGUGGUGGGGCGAUUGAUUCGACUGAUGCGAGGUUCGCCGUGAUGGGUAUCAUUGGCUUCAUCCCUUACUUCAAUUGGCUGAGUUGGGUGUUUGCGUGGCUUGAUAGUGGUAGACAGAGAUAUCUGGUGUACUCAAUUGUGUACUUAGCUCCAUACUUGAGGACAAACUUGUCACUAUCACCAGAAGAAAGCUGGUUGCCCAUUGCCAGCAUACUUGUCUGCAUUGUUCACAUUCAGCUAGAAGCAAGUAUUAGGAAUGGAGAUCUCGAAGGCAUCCAAUUUUUUGGUCAAGCUCUGAAGCAAUUUUCCUCGAUGAUCAGGAAGAAAGACACCAGGAUUGAAAGUUACCAAGAAACCCCUAAAAAGGGAAGGAGCAAGAGACGUACUGAACUACCUUCUACACAUGAUUCAAGAGAGAAAAUUCGGGAUUGGGGAAUCACAAGAAAACCAGUUGAUCAUCUGGAACACCUGAAUGAAAAUUCUGAUGUAGAUGCAAAGGAAAUGAAUUCAGAUUAGAGGAGCAGGAAGACAUGGGAUCUUUUAUAUGCUGUUUUUUGUAUGGACAGCUGUGGUAGGAGGAUUUGGAGCUUGUAGACCAUAAAUUUCAAUUUGUUUGCUUUAUGUUUUGCUAUUGCUAAAACUUCACAAAUUUGCGCAUAAUAUAAAACCCUGCAGCUGUGGAGGACUCCAAUGGAUCAAGAGAUUGAAAGGACCAGAUCUUAUUUUAGUUUCAA